ACGGCCGGUGCGGUUUGGCUCCGCCUCGCCGACUGGGUGGACCACGGUACCUCUGGAAGUUCCCUUUCUUACCUCUUUCUUUCCUUCAUCUUUCUCUUCCCCUUCUGUCUCCGUCUCACACGAUACUUGAUCGUUCCUGGUGCCCGUCCGCAAGGUGAUGCCAUCGGAAGGUCUCCACUAGAUGGGAGACGCUGCAUUCCUCGCAUUCCGUUUUCUCUCGGGGUUCGGACCCCUGCGGCUCCCGCUCUAAACCAAGAAUCUCGAUCGGUUCGAUCGAUUUAAUAUACCGGUCGAUUUUUUCUUUUCGUUCAUUAUACUUGUUUCCCCCUUUUCUGGUCCUGUUCCUCGCUAUUCACUCGGUAAUCACGGCGGCCCCCAGACUUCGGAGUGCAAUAUGCUUCGAGUAGGCUCCUGGCUCUAUGGCAAAAAGCCAGCUGCCAACACGCAGUCGCUGGACUCGUUGACCGAAUUGCGAGAUCUUGAGGAUGCGAUGAAGGCCGCGACGCUGAUCCUGAACGACGAUGUCGACGGGGCUGAAGAUGGCCUUUCGGAGGGAAUCUCAUCCUUUCACAACCUGGGCAGAGGCGUGGUCGCAUUUAUCCGGGCAACGUUAGGUUUCGAGCAGGAGGUGAUGCGUCAAGCGUCGGAGCGACUCAAUGCAGCCGAGAACAGUGCCUACAAUGAUCAGAGCAAAGCGCAGCACAACUCACAUGCGCCGAAUUCGUACCAUUCGCAGAUCUAUGCGCCCGGCACCGAGUUCGCGCUCUGUCAGGCAAUGGCCCAGCUGAUGAGUGCCGUGGUGGGCGUACUCAACGAAAGUCUCACGGAGAGUAUCAAAGGAUUCUAUAAGUUGCGAAAGGCGUAUAUCACCUUGGAUGGGAUUUUGAAGAUGGAGCAGAAAUUCAUGCAGUUGAACCGGUCGGGCGCUACCACUCCUACCGAACUCCUGCAGUCUUCCAGCCACGCUUCGGGCCUGGAUGCAGCUAAAAACCCCGAUGCGAACUCCGUGGAGGCUGCGGGGCUUUCGCAGAAGUUGUCCGACAUCAAUGUUUCUAGCGAAGAGGAAUCGACGACGGACGCGUCUUCGACCCGGAGUCCCGCAGACAUGCUGAGCCAUGACCCAGACUCUGACAUCUUCAAGAACGAGAUUGACGUCUUCGUGCAUUCUGGCGCUAACUUCUGCUUUGGUAUUCUGCUCUUGCUGAUCUCGAUGGUGCCGCCGGCGUUCAGCAAGCUCCUCGGAAUUAUUGGGUUCCAUGGCGACAAGGAACGAGGGCUGCGGAUGCUGUGGCAGGCCAGCAAGUUUCACAACUUGAUUGGCGCCAUCGCUGCGUUUGCAAUCCUGGGGUACUACAACGGUUUCGUGCGCUACUGCGACAUCAUGCCCGACGCAGUCCCGGGCGACGAAGGAGACGUCCAGGGCUAUCCUCAGGAGAGGCUGGAGUCGCUCCUCGCAAAGAUGCGACAGCGAUUCCCCAAGAGCCAACUUUGGCUCCUGGAAGAAUCGCGGAUGGAAGGCGCAAACAAGAAUCUCGAGCGGGCGUUGGAACUGCUCUGUGGCGAGGAGAAGAGUCCGCUGCAGCAGGUGGAAGCGUUGCGCGUGUUCGAGCGGAGUUUGAACGCCAUGUACCUUCACAGGUACGAGCUCUGUGCGAAGUCGUUCCUUGAGUGCGUCGAUCUCAACUCCUGGUCUCGGUCCUUGUAUUAUUAUAUUGCGGGGUCGUCGCAUCUCUCUUUAUACCGGAGCACGACCGGAGACGCCGAAUUGGCGGCCAAGCACGCGGAGAAAGCGACCGAGUACUACCGAAUGGCACCUCCGCUGGCAGGGAAGAAGCGGUUCAUGGCGCGCCAAUUGCCGUUCGACGUCUUCGUUACACGAAAGAUCGCCAAAUGGGAGGCUCGCGCCAAGGAAUGGAAGGUGCCACUAGUUGACGCCGUGGGUGUCGAUCCGAUCGAGGAGAUGAUCUUCUUCUGGAACGGACACAGCCGCAUGACGACCGACCAGCUCGAGGAGUCGCUCCAGAACCUGGCCUGGUCGGAGAACGACGCCAACAAGAACUGGUCGCGCGAGGGGCCCGAAGAGAAGGCCAUUCUACAACUCCUGCGCGCCGCCGUCUGGCGCUCGAUGCGCAAGCAUGACCGGGCGAAGGAGCUCAUUCAGAACUCUGUCUUGAACCACGACAAGACGCUGUUCACGGGCCAUCUUAAGGACAACUGGGUGCAUCCUGCCGCGCACUUCGAGAUGGCCGCCAACCUGUGGAUGGAGCGACCGAACUACGUUGCCGUCCACGGUGACGGCUCGGGCGAUCCUCCUGCCGAGGCCAGCAAGGGCGACGCGUCGACCCAGGUCGAGAAACAGAAGGUGCGGGAAUGCAAGGAGUAUCUCGAGAGGGCGUCGCGGUGGGAGAGCUACGAACUGGACGCCCGGAUCGGACUGAAGGUGACGGCUGCGAUGGAGGCGGUGCACAAGUGGGAGAACACGCAUUCUGCCAGCACCAGCGGAUGAAUUGACGAUGUAUAACGAACCAUGUAGACUUGAUUGAUUGCACACAUACACGCCAUGCAUGCGGGCUUGUCAGAAGACUGGUCCUCUUGACGAGAACCCGGGCAAAUAGAGGGACUGGGAAUGAGGGUACAGGUACAUAAAAGGCUGGAUUUAUAGUUAUUGAUCUUUGAUUUGAUUGA